AUGCUUUCUCCUGACACACAAAGCCCACAGCAUUCUACACCACCACAACCAGCAUCACCAGAAUUACCAGCAACAAACCGCUUCCAAGGACUUCCAUCAGAGAUUCUCCAUGCCGUCGUUGACAAACUUCCCAAUCGCACGCUCAUUCAGCUGACGGGUGUCAACCGCGAUCUGAGAGAGCUCAUUUUAAACGGGCCAUUUCUUUGGCGAGAGCUCCAUUGGGACGAACUGGAGGAGGGCCUACUUGAUGAGGAGUUCUCUUACUUUGCUGAAAAGUAUUUCAAGGAGGGUCGCAUGUUGCAAUAUGUCAGCUUGGAUUUCUCGAAUACGCAGCUAUUCGAACACGACGAAAUGGAGGAAAUUGACGUGAUGUUUGAUUACCUUGAAGAGCAUGGCUGUAACCAAGUGCAAUCAUUUCGUAUCAUGUCGCGAUAUCACAUCCCUCCCUCGACGUUAUUGAUGAUCGCUGUUCACUGCCCAACGCUUGUGGAUCUACAACUUGUGAGAUCAAGGUAUCACGAGGACAUCUUUGAGGAUUGCAUCACCACUCUACCAACUGUGAUACGACGUUUCCCAUCCUUGAAGAGGUUGACAAUGACCCUGAUGGGUCAUGACGACCCAGGAGACAUCAGCGAAGAUAUACACAGCAUCACUCAACACAUUCACCUACGAUCUUUGGUUCUUCAGGAAGUGACAGCUAUACGAUAUUCACGAGAUGUCUUGGAAAUUGUUCCACGGCUGCCGAAUUUACAAAAGCUGGCAAUUGGAUGCACCAACAUGAGGUCGAUCAACGAUCAUGAUACUUUACUUCGUCACUGUCAUCAGCUGGAUUCAAUAACAAUCACGGAGGAUCAAUUUCUUGACUACAAACUAUUUGCCUACGACAUUGUGCACCGCCCAAACAUGAAAAGUUUGUACUUGCGCGCUGAUGCUGAUGACUGGGAAACGGAGGCUAUGGAACACGUUGCUUAUAUCGAGAAACACCAUCAUGAGCUUGAGACGCUUGUAUUGGGGAAUAGUGUAUUCGUUCACCCACCAUUGAUCCGAAAACUUGGCAGCUUAUCUUCAUUUCUCAAUCUACGAUGCUUGGCACUCUCUGGAUACUGCCUCGACCACCAUGGAUACGCUGAUGUCGAUGCCCUUCACAAAGAGUUGAUUCACUUUCUCGGUGGAUGCCCCAAUCUGGAUCAAAUUCAUUUCGAGGAUAUGGAUGGAGUUGUUGGGGAUGAUACCUUGGAUGCAAUUCAAGCGAAUGGCCUGCGCUCGCUGCAUUUGGCACGGAUGGCCAAUAUCACCACCAACCCCAUUACUCGUCUUCUUAAGCGCCAUCAGCAACUGGAUCGGCUACGCGAGAUUGUCAUUUACGAUAUGGAUCGUGUUGAGUAUACUUUGCUUCCUACUAUCGGCAUCACAUGCAAUAGGCUCAAAUGGUUACACUUUUAUCCUGAUGCAAGUGGAUACAGAGAGGCAAGCGAGUACGUGGCCAUUGACGAAUUCCUUUCAACACACCGCAUCAAUGGCAAGAUGGAUCUAUUGAAAAUCGGGACCAACAUCUACCAAGAUUCGAGAACAUGGAAGGACAGACUACUUUGCUCGCAUGAUUUUCUUCAAUAA